AUGUUCAACUUUGCCAGUAAGAUGAUCAACAGCCUGAUGGCGGCGGGCGAUGACAUGGUCACGGGAACCGAUCCGCAGCAGCCGCAGAACGCGGCCAACCGUCCGCAACAGCACCAGCAGCAGUUCCAACAGCAACAAGACUAUGGCGGUGGACGACCCGGAGGUACCUCAGCCGCGGCCAGGCAGUACGGAAUGAAUCAGCAGCAGCCGCCACAGCAGCAGCAACAGCGUAGCAUGGCCGGUGGCGGCUACUCGCAGCAGCCACUGCAGCAACCACAACAACAGCAACUCCCGAGACAACCGCCGCAACAACCACAGACUAGACUACAGCAACAGCAGCAGCAGCAGCCGCAAUCACAGCCGUCCUUUUAUCGUCAACAGCCACCGGCGCCUUUAUACAACAGUGGAACUACUACUACUAGUGGAAGGCCAUCUUCUCAGUCAUCACCCCAUCAACAGCAGCAGCAGCAGCAGCAGCUCCAACAACAACAACAACAACAACAACAACAACAACAACAGCAACAACAACAACAACAACUACUACUUCAGCAGCAACAGCAGCAACAACAACAGCAGCGGCAAAGGCAACAGCAACAGCAGCAGCAGCAGCAGCAACAUCAGCAACGUCCCGGUGGUGCCGGCAUGGGUGUGCCGGCAUUAUCAUCAAGCACACUGGAAACAGCGACGGCCGACCCGGACCCGUUGAGCCUGGACCUGAGCCACCUGAGUGCCGAAGAGAGAGCAUUGAUCCAGAACGUCAUGGCCAAGGCGAAGAACAUGGACGCCACUGAACCCGCACCGGUGACGCCGCCGCAUUUGACGAUGACUAGAACGACGGCGAUGACGUCGUCGUCGUCGUCUCGAGGCGAAACUGCAACUAACGGGAGUUACGCGUCGUCAAGCGGUCAAGACGCCACGUACUACAACGGUACCAACAGCAAAAGUGGCACGCAACAGCAACAGAACGCGUCGUACCAGGACCGUAGCGUCUACCAGCAGCAACAGCACAGGGACGGAGCCGGCGGUGCAGGUGGGUCGUCGUCAAUGGCGCCAUCGGCGUCGUCGUCGUACUCACAACAGCAGCAACACGCUCCUACUUCGGCGUACCAGCAACCCGCCGGCGGCUCGUACCAGCAGCACAGCGGUUACAAUUCGGCUGCGGCGGCGGCGGCCAGGCGGCACAUCCAGCAACGCGGUGGUUACGACGACUACCACCAGCAACAGUUGUCGCCGGAGGAACAGCUGUCGCCCGUGUCGCCGGAAAACGAGGUGUCCAUGCCAUACGGAGCCGGCGCCGGCGGGAACUCGCAGCAAUACCACCAGCAGCAACAGCAGCAGUUGCAGCAACAGCAACAGCUACUGCAACAGCAACAGCAGCAGCAGCAACAGCAACAGCAGCAGCUGCAGGGAGAGCGUUCCGGGUCCGAUUCCAGUGACGACGUGAGCCUGGCCGAAUGCCUGGCCGGCGGCGGCGUCGAGCUGAUGAACUUGCGGCCGAUGCCUAUGUUGGACGAGAACGGCCAAGUACUGUUGGACGACGCCGAUACCGCCCGGAUGCAGCAACAGCAACAGCAGCAACAGCAGCAGCGUCGCGAGGAGCAGUAUUGCAGCGAGCAGCAAGCGUACUAUGCAAGCAACGCGACCACCGCCAACGCGUCAGACGUGUACACCAUACCAGAGGACGAGGACGAGUUGAGCAGCCCGACGGGCGCCGACGGUGUGACGAGCCUCCGCAAGCGACAGAUGGCCAACACGUUGACCGCUAUAUCUGGAUUGAACACUAGCUGCUCGGCGGCGGUUAACUUGCACCACCAGAUCGUCGACAACGAGAGGUUCAUGAUGAAAUACGCUGCGGCGAAUUCGGGCAGCUCGGACUCGCAUCAAAGGUCAAAGUUGUCGAACGAUGACUCUUCGGCAGCGUCCGCUUUUUCCGAUCAGACCCGAUCGAAAAAACUCAACCAGUCGUCCACUAUACAAUCCGGUGUCCUACAAAAUAACAAAUUCCGGGCCGGCGGUGGAGAAACCGUCGUCCAACCGGUGGUGACUUACGCCCAAAAUUCUCCGUCUUACUACAACGGCAGCAACAGCAGUAGCAGUAGCAGCAGCAACAGCAGCAGAUUUGCGUCGGUUGAAGGUGACCACAAUAACAUAUCGUCCGCGUACGACACUACGGCUGAAAACUGCGUGUUCCAAGACGACUUGGAAAAAACGCCGGAAUACGAUCGAAUAUGCAAAUUGUUGAAUCAGCCGAUUCGCGCGGUCGGUCAUCGCGAGUCCAAGUCCAAUAAGACGGUGCAGCAGACCAAUCGGAACCAGCACCAGCAGCACCAUCACCACCAGCAGCAGCAGCAACAGCACAUGCAGCGACAAUUCAAGCAACAGCAGCACAAGAACCAGCAGCACCAAAACCAACAACAACAACAACAACAGUACAACAGCAUGCUGGGCCGCGCGCUGUUGUCCUCGCAGCAGAACCGGCAAGCGGCGUCGUCGAACAGCAGCAAUAAUACGUUUGGGAACGUUCAAAACUCGAACCGUAGUCGGACGAACUUUCGCUACGACGACGAGGACGACGAGGAAGAGUUGUUGGAGCAGCAACAGCAGCAACAGACACAGCGACACAAUAAUUAUGGAAUACAACCGGCGGCACAACAGGUGGCCGCGGCGUCGGGAGCGACGUCCGACAACGACAGCAGUGGCACGAUCAGCGGGAUGUUGGCCGACUUUAGCCGGUCCAUAGCCAACAUGAACGGAUCGACGACGACGACAACGACGACUCCGUUGUAUAACGGUAGUGACAAAUUUGGCGAAAACAACAACAAAUACGAUUCCGUGCCAAGCGAUAACGCCCAAAAACAACAAUAUCAACAACAGACACAACAUCAACAGCAGCAAUACCAACAGCAUGGUUUCACCGACGGGUUUUCGACGUCCUCCGGUACAACGACCCAACUGCGACGCACCCAAUCGAUCAUCAGUCAAAACCUGCGCGACCAACAGUACCAGCUGUACUGCACCGGUUCGUCGCCGCCGCUCCAGCAGCUACAACCGGUACAGCAACAUCAGUACGGUGACACCGCCGCGUCUCAACUGCAGCAGCAAACCGCCAACAACGCUUACGGACCGGCGGAAGACGGCGGCUUGUUGUACGGAACCGGUGGCGUCGGAACAGGACCGUCGAGCAUCGUCGCCAGACAGGCGCAGCAACAGCAACAAACUAUAGCCGCUGCGUCACAGCUGCGACAGCAACAGUACACGGCCUCCGGCAUCGCCACUGCCAAUAGUUUGCAGACCGAAACGAAUUACUCGUCGCCGAUUGGCACCGGAAACGCGGCCGCGAUGCAACAACAGUCGUUCUAUAACAAACGAGGAGACAGCAGCGGCGCUCUGUUUAACUGCCAACAACAGACAUAUCAACAACAGCAAGACGUCUUGUACCAGCCUUAUCAACCGGAAUACGGCACAUAUCAGCAACAGCAACAGCAACCGCCACAUCAGCAAUCUCAACAUCAGCAACAGCAACAACUCUCGUACAAUCAAAUGCAACAACAGCAACAGCCAAAUCAGCAACAACCAAACCAUCAACAGCCAAACCAGCAGCAGCAGCAGCAAUAUAAUCAGUCACAACAACAACCGCAACAGCAGUAUCAACAGCCGCAGAACCAACAAUACCAGUCGAGUCAACUGCAGCAAUAUCAGAGGUUCCCGAAUCAAGAUCAACAGCAGCUGCCGUUGACUGUCGGCGAUAAUUCCCACCAAUACAGCAUCGAACAACAACUUCAACAACAACAAAAUAGGGUGGACAUUAACUCCGGUCAAAACGUGUCUGCUUUAACGAUUGGCGGAUUACCGGUUACUUCGGGUGGUAUAAAAUACGAUUCAACGGCGUCGGAACUUAGUUCCACUGCGUUUAGACCGUUGCAGCAGCAACAAGGCCAACGUUGCGACAAUCCUACGGCUACUGCGCUGCAGCAGCAACAUCACUAUAUCAAUGGCAACAACUACCAGCAACAACAGCCACUGCAACAGCAACAACAGCCACAAAAUCAGUUGCAGCAGCAGCAACAGCUGCAGAACAGUACUUUAGCGCCGGUCAGUGGUACCAGUACGGCCAGAGUAACGGUACUGCUAAACUCGUCUUCAGCCACAGCGGACCAGCAGCAGACAGGUGUCAAAGCUUUGACUGGUGGAUCGGCUGCCCUUAAAUAUCAGACGGUCGGACAGCAACAAACCUCUACGUCACAGGCAUCGACUUUGCACCCGACACCGCCACAGCAAAACACACCGGUCGGCACGCCCAGGGGCGCCCUGCUGAUCAGUGGCGGCGGACUUGGGCUCAGAGAUUUGACGGCAUCGCCGUCGGACACGCUAAGCGAACCGGACUCGAUGCGCUCGUCCUCCUUGAGGGGUAGCAACGGUCGGGACGGUCGACGUCGGUUGCCAGACUUACCGCCACCAGACCUGGAGAUGGCUGGGGUACAGUGGCCAGCGGCUGCAAACGCUAAGCGCCGCGAGCGCAUGAUGAGAGCUAUGAUGGACAAGUUCAAGCCAUUCUCUUCAUCACGGAACGUCGCGAACGUGGAUGCUUUGACCACGGUCUAUGGUUACGGUGGUAACAAAUUUGCGUCUAAUCGACCCGGCAGUAUGAGUGAAACCAAUUUGCUGAAGUAUCGUCCUCAGAAAGAUGGCGGACCGACAUCCACAGUGCGACCAGAAUCGGCUCUUGGCCUUUUGCAAGGUUCCAGCCUGGUGAGCAGCACCGGGGAACAGACGCCGUCGAUGGCCAGACAAUACGGCGGCUUGUCGCGGAAAUACGGGUCGGACGGCGGCGACGAGCUGGCCGCCUGUCUUCCACCCGACCUGCGACAUCUGUUGUCGGCCACAACGGCGGCGGCACCGCAGUCGCACGCCCGACAGACGACGACGCAACGACUCCAACAACACGGACUACUGCAGAGGAGUCCCGCGGCCACGGCCGCCGCCAAUUCUCUGAACAACUCGGCCGCGAUGAGCAUGUACGGCGGUGGCGGUGGCAGGAAGCCGUGGUCGUCGUCGUCGUCAUGGUCGUACCACGACGACACAGGCAUCGGCUACCCGUCGUCGGUGGACCGUCGCGUCGGCGGCACCGGCAGGCAGGCGGCCGCCUUGUUCGGCGGAGGCGGCGGCGGCGUGGGCCUAGGAGGCCUGGACUCGCAUCAUUACCGCAGCAGCGGCGGGGGUAGGACAAUGACUGCCGCGAGAUCGCUGGGUGGAGUCUACGACGGUAACAGUCUGUUGUACCGCUGUUCGACCAGUAACGUGCCUGACCACCUGGAAAGAAGAUGGUAUCAGAACCAGCAGCAACGACAAACCGGCGGUGGCGGUGGACGGCUGAUCAGAGGGUUGGGCGGUGCCAAACACUUGUCGGACGUGUACGACGACGACGACCUGCUGCGAUUACAGCAGCAAGACGAUGCCACGGUUGCCGCACUGCUGCUGGACGACGUCGUGUUGGGCGGAGGUUACAGCAGCAGAAACUCAGACUUUAUGCCGUCUAGACCGAGGUCUCGGUCAUAUGGUGGCGGUGAAGAUCCAUCGUCCACGACGUCUUGGCGACACUGGCCCGACACCGGUGGCGGAUCCGGUUAUCUGGGCGGCGCACUGCGCGAGACCGCCAUCGGUUCGUCGGCGGCGAUUUACGAUCACAAUGGACACCGGCGUGGGACGAAUACUGCGAUGAAUUCCGCCACGGCCGAUCACAAAAGAUGGGACGUUCGGCGGCAGAACCGCCGGCAGCGGCGGUACAGCGACGGCGGCGGCGAUUCGGACCCGCGCCGGCCGUACGAUUACCACCAACACCUGCAGAUGACCUCGACGGCGGCCAUGAUGAAGUACGGCACAGGCAGCCGGCGGUCGCGUUCGUGGGACCCGUCGCCGUCGCCGACACCGACCGCCUACCUGAGCGGCGGCGACGACGGUGGCGGUUACGGCGGCUACGGCGGCUACUGCGACUACAUGGACGACUACGGCGGCGGCGUCGGCAUCGGCGACUACGAAUCGCUGGCGGCGCUGGCCGCCGAGGAGGAGCACGACGAGGAGCUGCAGCGCGAGGAGAAGAAGGCCAGGAUCAAGGCGGAGAUCGCUCGGCGUCGGCGGCAGAUCGAGGACAACGUCCGGCUGCACGAGGAGCUGCUGCGCCUGGCCCGGAUCCGCGAGAACGCCGAACACGAGUAUUCGUCGUCCAUGCUGCCGUCGCUAUCCGCUGCAGGUAUAUUAUAA